AUGUCGAAUAUCGUGCACAAAAUCAAAGAUGCCGUGACUGAUCGUGAUGGGCCUAUGACGCGCAGCCGUGCUUCGGAUGAUCGCAAUCACGGGACAUCCAAUCCCUUCACAUCGGACUAUAAUCGGAGUCAGAACGCCCCUCCUAUGAAUAACUCUGCUAAUAUGGGCUCCAAUGUCAACCGCCCUGAUUCCUUUUCAUAUGGUGCCAGUGCUGAUGCUGCUCCGAGAGCUAUGAAUAAACAGGGCCAGUAUGAGGGUUAUCUGACCAAUAAUACAAAUGAAAAAAAUGCUAGCGGGGCCAGCAGGCCCAAUGUCGACGCGCAAAACGCAAACAACGCAAACGCAAUGCCUGGGAAUACUUCAAGCUCCAGCUCCAGCUCCAUCAAUGCUGGCCCUCAUAGAACAAAAAUGGCAAAUAAAUUGGAUCCUCGCAUUGACAGUGAUUUAGAUAGCUCAGCCAAACAAGACACCGUCGCCCCCCAGACAAGCACUGCCGGCGCCCAGGGUAUUGACUCGAAGAGCAACAUGCCAAUUCAGCAACAACCUUUUAACAAAGGGGUCGACAAUCAUACCUCUAGUGAGGAAAAUUUCGACAAAUCUACUCAGGAACACCGGUCCCAUCACGAGCCAGGCCAGUACGGUUUUGAUGCUAAUCAGGCGCCCGGUGAGAUGGGUGAGGAAAAUUACAGCAGCUCCACACAGGAACACAGGGACCACAAAACCACCAGCCAUGUCACUCCCUGUCCACCCAGGACCAUGGGGAGUGAGCGGAUGCCGGAGAACAAUGUUGGUCAAAACUCUGGUAAUAAUACUGCCCCGCCCAGUUUUGGUGGCAAUGCAGCGGGCGGUAGCAGCUAUAAUGAGAACAUGGGCGCGAGAGGACCAGACAAUAUGCAGAGCGCUGCCCCUUCCCAGAAACUUGGCACUGGCACCGGCGCCGGUUUGAACCGCCCGCCCGAGCAGCAAGAUAUGACUGCUGGCCAGCAGCGUGCUGGUUAUUAA